AUGGCCGAGUCCUUUAACAAGAAACGCAAAGCUCAAGUGUCGGAGCUGACCCUCGAAGAUGACCAUAGAGCUACGAAGCACAGCAGGCUGCCUUCAAGUCGAACAAGCGCAAGCCAUAAUCCUCACGCGGACCGAAUGCGUACUCGGAGGAAAACCACGAAACGCCAGAAAGUCGCGCAGGCCAAGAGUGAUGUAGGUCUAGGACGUGGAUCAGGUGCACUGACUUUCACAGACGGGCCCACGAACACUUCAGUUGCGGAAGAAGGGGACAUAGUAACGGAGGAUACGCCUGUGCGAGAUCUGAUAGCAUUGCCGAAGGGAGUGCGAACUAAAAGGACCAAGGCGAAAAAGAGGGUUGUUGAAGAGGCAGAAGAUGAAGACUACGAUGUGAAAGUCCAGGAGCGACUACGUGCUAGAUUGACCAUCUUCGAUCCAGAACCCCAUCCUGCCUUGAAGCCAUGGCAUUGCGAUUUUGCAGCGCCUACGCCACCGUACGAUGAUCAACAGGCAUGUCCAAUUGAUUGGUCAAGAGUAACCAUUCUACAUGACGACCCUCUGCACUGCCAAGAAGCUUACGAGUUGCGUCGUCCAUGGGACAAGGAGCCCCUAGCAUGGGAAAAGGUUGCUCAAAAGGUCUUUCUCCCUCCUUCUAAGGACGGAACAACUCGGAACAUCAGUUCAGAGGGAGGGCGGAAACGGUUCAAGGCGGCAAACAAAGCGGUCUUUGAGCUGACAGGCGUUUACUUCCCCGAGAGUUCGCUUGGACUUGAAGGUCAUGGCAUACCCCUGCACAAAGACUUGAAGCCGAUCCUCGAGGAAUUUGCUGAAUCACAUGUCGUUGUCAAGAAGAAAGUAAUGGUCCCUUCCGAGGGUGACGCGCCAACUGGGACGGAUCCAUUCGUUGACCGGAAGGACAAAGUUAGCAUCACAGACAUUCUUCGAUAA